AAAUAUUAAGCUACAUUGUGCAGAAGUUUGUACAUCUUUCAUUGCAAGCGGUAGAAAAGAAAAAAAAAAAAAAAAUUCCUUCUCGUGUCUCUCUCGUGAUCCCGACGACUAUAACUAUCAAACUUUUAGUUUUUCAUUUCUUUUGUACAAGCACUCUUCGGUGGAAACAAGAAAGCAAAAAAACAUGAGCGACCCUAGUGGCCAAUCUUCAACAACGACUGUCGGUGGAAACGGCGGCAGCAGCGGUAGUAACGGUGGGGGUGGAGGUGGUGGUGGAGGUGGUGGCUCCUUUGGGAUUCAGCCGCAGAGAUCAAAGGUUAGGAAGCAAGUGUGGGCUGGAGUUCUCGGCAUCUCUUCCUCCACCAAUAAUUAGUAUAUAUCUCUUUAAUUCCACCGGAAAUUAAAGAACAUGUCUCUCUAAUGAAAAAAAUGGUGGUGGUAAUUAAUAAUUAUGCUUGAAUCUUGAUCAUCGUUCGUGUUAAGUGUUAACUAUGUCUAAAUAACAAGGAGAUAACUAGACCAUCUUCAUCGUCAUUUGUUAUCAGAUUUUGAAAUAUAUAUAUAUAUAUAUAUAUAAAUUUUGUUUC